AUGUCCAGUUUUUUUGAAAUUCAACAGAUGAUUGACGACAGCGCACGUAAACAACCGACAUCCGCUGAGACGAUUCGCGAACUUAGGUCCAUUGAAAAAGCUGACUCGGUUGCCGCUGUUCGUGCAUGGUACUCAUGCUCGACGUGCGCCCGAGAAGGAGAGAUUGUGCCAUUACGGUAUAAAUCGCCAACUUCCGCACAAGACAGAGCUGCCUAG